GUUCAGUCUUCACAAGAAAUCCCAAAAAUAUGAAGAAAAUUUUUCUUGGAUUUGUUUGUCUCAGUGCAAUCAUUUGUGCAUCAUCAGCACAAUAUGGUGUUUGGUCUUCGGAAUUCAUCGAAGCCAGAGAAGAUAUGUUGAAAAACGCGAAUGAAUGGUUUCUAGAACUAGACGCUGCUUACUUCAAAUUUUACAGUGAAGCACGCGACAGCAUGGAAAGUCUACUAUCACCUUUGGCAACAGUUUUUACCGGUUUUAGGGUAGCAUUUGAGUUCGUACCCCAAGAAGACUUGCCAGAGGAACUUUCUCAGAAUUUUAAUGAUUUUUUUGAGCUAGUCAAUUCAACAUUUACUGGCUUACCUGUUACAGCAUCGAUGUCUCUGUCAAUGUUAACUUCUACAAUUAUGUCUAUGGGAAUGACAUUGCCAUUAGCAUCAGUAGCACAAAAUUUCGAGAUGAAUAUGGCUAUGGAGUUAAGUACAAUUUUUAUGGAAUUAACUAAUCCGACAGAACCGAUAUCAGAAUCAUGCAAGGCUCACAUUUUAAACCAGUUUACUUCAAAUUAUGAAGCGACUAAAAAUAAAUCACUGGAUGAUCUUGAAUUGAACAGGAAAUAUUUAGGAAAUUCAUUCAGUGUUGCAAAUAUGGCUGCAGAUAUGGUAACUAAAGACACUCAAGUCCUUGCUGAUAAAGUUAAUGCAUGUCAUCCAGACCAAGAGAUGAGUGCAAGAAUUCAAUGUUUCCAAGAUAUUGCAUCAUCAGCACAAUAUGGUGUUUGGUCUUCGGAAUUCAUCGAAGCCAGAGAAGAUAUGUUGAAAAACGCGAAUGAAUGGUUUCUAGAACUAGACGCUGCUUACUUCAAAUUUUACAGUGAAGCACGCGACAGCAUGGAAAGUCUACUAUCACCUUUGGCAACAGUUUUUACCGGUUUUAGGGUAGCAUUUGAGUAUGUACCCCAAGAAGACUUGCCAGAGGAACUUUCUCAGAAUUUUACUGAUUUUUUUGAGCUAGUCAAUUCAACAUUUACUGGCUUACCUGUUACAGCAUCGAUGUCUCUGUCAAUGUUAACUUCUACAAUUAUGUCUAUGGGAAUGACAUUGCCAUUAGCAUCAGUAGCACAAAAUUUCGAGAGGAAUAUUGCUAUGGAGUUAAGUACAAUUUUUAUGAAAUUUACUAAUCCGACAGAACCGACAGAACCGAUAUCAGAAUCAUGCAAGGCUCAUAUUUUGAACCAGUUUACUUCAAAUUAUGAAGCGACUAAAAAUAAAUCACUGGAUGAUCUUGAAUUGAACAGGAAAUAUUUGGGAAAUUCAUUCAGUGUUGCAAAUAUGGCUGCAGAUAUGUUAACUAGAGACACUUUUGUCCUUGCUGAUGAAAUUCGUGUAUGUGGAAAUCCAGAAGUAGUCCAGACCACGAGUGCAAGAAUUCAAUGUGUCCAAGAUAUUGUUGACGAAUAUGCAACUUGCAGUACUUGUCCAUAUAAGAACAGCUUAAAUUAUGCAUCUUCACAAAUUUCAACUGUUGGAAGCAACAUUUACAUGGAAAUGUCAAUGGGAGGAAUGGGCAUGCCAAUGUCAAACCCAUACCUUUUCGAAUUUUUAAAAUCAACUUGUCCUUAAGUUGAUAAACUUAGCCACUUUCUGUUUCAUUUUGAAAUAAAUAAAGAAGGAUUAAGAGAAUUUCAUUGGCACAAAGAAGCGUUUGUUCAUUUCGCUGAAAAUUUUUGUGCAAAUUCAAGUAAUCAGAAAAUAAUUUUUAUCAGUGACCUUUACGAUAUGAUGAAAAUAGUAGAAAAAAUAUUAAACUUUCUUCAAUAACCUGAGUUAAACAACCUGAGACAAACAACCUGAGAUAAAAAGAAAAUUUACAA